GCACACAUCAACCGGGAACUUGGUGCGCCAGCCAACUUGGGGAGGACCCAAGUAUUUUUCGACGACGUUGAUGCACCCGACGCCUGCAUUUCCCUCCGCUGGUUGGCUCGGCUGAGGGUGGUGCAUCUGGGAACGCUCCCCGCCGAUCACCUCCCCCGUCUCAUCAACAAAACCAAGUACCAAAACCUGCCAGUUAUCAAGCCACACGCGACACCUUGCAUCCGGUGAGCCUUCAAACGACGAUAAUCCUUUCCCCUUCGUUUCUCGCGGCUAGACCUCAUUCCGAAGGGCAUCUCCAGCCGACAGACUCGCACAAAGAUGCUGCAUCCACUCCCAACCCAGUCCAUGCAAUUCCUCAUCGCGGUAUAGAAACCCAAAGCGGUGUAUUUCCAUCUGCCCAAUGACCCGUGUGACGGUGUCUCACGAGUCCAAAAACUCAUCCGCCACCACCACCUAUGAUUGUGAUCAUCUGCCCUUCAUUGGGUGACCGGCUUUUUACAAAGAAGACCUCGUCACAUUUCCCUUGCCCAAUGCCUAUCAUAUGCCCGAUUCUGGCUUGACCGGUAAAGAUCAGAUUGCCGAUUUGGCAGCCCACCCUCCCCGAACCCGAACAUCUUACCGCUCCCAGGUCAAUCCAAUCGAGCCUUGUAUACAUAACUGCAGGUCUCACAUCUCGGGAUCAUCCCUGCUUGGUACAAAGCUUCAAGCCCUUGAGUAUUGGGUGGGUUCCUUUACAGCAAAAAGCUGGCUGUACACCAUCCCGAUGCUUGCUCGCUCUUUCAGCUUCACCAUUGCAUUCGUGAGAAUCCCAUAUUCCCACAAAAUAGGUAAAAUUGUCGUAUCAUGAUUUUUCCAUCCCGUCAAACAACCUCCCACCUCGCCAACCAACCUAUACUCUCACCCGCAUUCCUAACCACACAAAACUUCCCCUCCCGAGGCCCCGUCUCCCUCAACGUCUCGAGCGCCCUCGCCGCCGAAAUCGACCCAAUCGCCGUGCCCCUUCCCUCGCUGAGGCUGAACGCGCCCGUAGUCACAAACCCAAUCAAGUCCUCCUCCCCAGGACAAAGCGGGUGACCCCCAAAAUCCGUCUGAUUACCCGCGGCGGGCUUGGGAUAGGGAACCUCCACAGCCAAAAGUGACCCGGCCAAAAUCUUCUUCCUGGUCUCCAUAUCCACCCCAACCGGCAUCCUUGGAACAGCAGCUCCCUUUUUCUUGUCCCCAUUUGGUACCUUGGAAAGCCAUUGCUCGCUCAAGUCAACCGGCAACCCGUCCUUCGUCCUCGCCUCAGGCGUAGCAGGCACCUCCGCCUGCGUGGACGAAACGCCAACCGCACCUCCAGCCUUCCCCCCCUUCCCCGGCAGCCGAUAAAUCCUCGCACAAGGCUUCGCAACCCCCCUCGUCACAAACUCCAACCCAACAGCAACAAUCCCUCCCUCCGGCACCACCCCCUCCCCGCUUCCCGAUUUCAUCAAUGCGCUAAACUCUGUCUUCGUCACCUGCCUGAUCGUCAUACCAACUGGAGAUUGCGGCUGCUCGGCAGGUGGAUCAACCACCAUCGCUUCCGCGGCGGCAUCCGGGAUCGACACUGCGUCAGGUUUCCCCUGGGUUCGGGUUCGGGCUGACACCCCAAACAGGUACUCAAAAUCACACGCCAACCCAUCUCCGAUCUCACCUUUUCUCCCAGCCCCGAGAUCGAGCGACUUCCAUUCCAAUCUCUUGCUCUUUGGUCGUCGAUCCCAAUCCCCCCUCCUCUUGGCCCUCUCCUUCAGCUCCCAGUUCAUGCCGGCAGUCGUUGCCGGGAAAUCCCCCGGGAACCAUGGAGUCCCGUGCUCAAAAGCGAUUUGUCUCUGCUCUUCAAGCCCUCCCAGCCGAGGGUUCCCACCUGUGCUGACGGGGUACUGCAUCAAGCAGUACCAGAUGUGCUGGAUGCAUUUCCACGGAGCGAGUAAUGUCCACGUACCCUGGGCCUGACCGUCUGUGCCAGGUCUUGAGGCGAGCAACAUGACUGGAAUGGGGGGGUCUGCUGCGGUGACCUUGAUAGGCUCUCCCGGAGCAUUCGCGCCUUUUCGGCGGUUGAGUGACUUUUGUGAUGGCAUUCUCGAAGCUUGAUAGCGGCUCUCUCGGUCGAAUAUGUCGUAUGGCUUGAGGUUUUCCUCGACUGGCCAAUCUGUGAGUGUCUUGAGGAUUGUCUGUUCGCCUCCGCUGGGAAUCUCGACUCGCUUUGGGGGAUAAGACAAACGCGGGUCCCUGGCCGAAAAGGCAAGAAUUGCGUCCUUGGGCAGAGAUGCCGGAUUUGCUACUCCAGCGAGGGACCGGAAGACAUUAGCAUGGCGUUCGGCCGCUUCUGGUGAAUCGUGAAAGGGUUCAAGAAUUCCCAACAAUGUUUCCGUAGAGGCCGGCCCAACUAGCUCAAUGCUGCCGACUUCGAACCGUAGGUCCUCCACGUGAAGUUGAGGCUUCUGGCCCUUUGCAACCUUGAGUAACUCCUCAAAUAAUUCGAGGAAACAAGAUGGAUGAGUGCGAAUAAGAAUCUGUCUCCGGGGCUUCUUGGGCUUCUCAGACGUCUCCAUCUCGUCCGAAGUUGUCGCAGGCGGUUGUGGGUUCCAGACUAUCGUGGCGGGACCAAUAUCCCGUCUCGAACCCUUCUGUUGCCUGCUGACGGUACCUGUCCAUUUCCGAACACCGGCCCUCCAUUUCUUGCCUCUCGUAUUCCAAAGACCCUCUUGUACCAACCCCAGAUACCUUAACGCCCGCUCGAGACAGUCAGCCGUUCCAUAAACCCCUAUCGUGCUCAUGUAACUGGUAUCCCACGCAACCACCCCCUUUUGCCCGGAAGCACGAUGUGUUGGUCGGUAGCACUUCGCCGUCGAUGUGAGUGGAAUGGCAAAUCUCCACAAGGGGCUGCUUGGCCUCGUCAUCGUGGCCCGUUUCGCAUGCCAUAAAUGGGUUGGUAGCCAGGUCUUGUUAAUCUGGCGUUUUCUGUAUUUCGAGUCGGCUUUCGGUGGCUCGUUUAGCAUGUUCCGUCGUAUUUUUGGCCGUGGAGGUCUCGCCGUUACCACAGCUGAUCCUCUCCUUUGCACCUCCUCCACCGCCCCAUCACCGGCCUUCUUAGCCUUCCUCUUCCUUUUCUUCUCGGCCAAAUAUCGUAGCUUCCUCAUCGUCUCGGCGCGUAUUCGGGCGCGGGUUGUGCGGGGCUUGCGUUUCCUCGACUCGACCGUCGGCGUAUUGUCUUCCAGCAUUUCCUUUCUCGCUUGCGCACGCAGUCUCUUUGGCACUCUCUUCACAUUAUGGCUUGCUGUCCUCCGGCGCAUCGCGCGGGGCACCAUCUGGAAAACGCGGGUGGCAUUGACGGCCUUGCAUUUGUUCAUGCUCCUUUCGAGGGAUUUGAUUUCGAAUUCGCGGGCAUUGAGGAAUCUGUUCAAAUCAAGCUUGCCGUCUUCGAGCGCAGCAUCGGAGGGCUGUGUGCGAAUGGUGCGGGCAGCUUGAACUUUGGCGCGCUUGGUGUUGCGCGUGUUGUUUGGUUGGCGUCCGUGGCUGUCUUUGCCUCCUCCUGGAGGGUCUUUUCGUUUCACCAUCUUGGCUGUGGUCUUGGAAAGUACGAGAAUGCCGCGAAAACCUCCCAACUGAGCCCCAGUCCCGAAUAAUUCUGUUUGUCGUCGAGCUUGUUUGCUGGGUAAAUGAAGUCACUGUUUGACUUUGGACCUUGAAUUUUUGGAGCUCUUAUCUUAUCAGAUGGCCCCUGCACUAGGCCCAGGACGACUUGGCGUGCCCCUCGGCCCAAGCUCCACAACCCCCGGCCGUUCCCUGACAGGGGCGAGAUCCCCCAAGAACCCCUUGGCUUGGCACCACCAGCCAACGACCAAGCAAGUUUCAGCAACCACGUCUUUGGAAGCAUUACAGUGCCUGGCUUUGAGUCCGCCGGCGCGUUCUGAAGCCGCCAGAGAGUCUUCAAAGGACAGUCCAGUCGCAAUCUGGAAGAAAGUCACCGAACCUGGAUCUGUCGCGCCCCGACGUCAGCCUCCGGUUUCGACGAAACGGUCCGCCAUCUGA